ACCACUGCCAACAGAUUGAAAUAGCAAACAAAAUUAACCGCUCGUCAUGGGACAUUAUAAAGUGCACGGAUCGUAACUAGAACAUAUUGGAUUGGAGCAAAGUUAGUAGAGACGUUGGGUUGGACGCUUGAUGCUGCUAUUUAAUGUAAGACGUAAUAUAACUCUCUACCCCUGCCAUCCAUAUUGUAAUGUUCAUAUCUGCAGUACAAGGUGGAAUGGGAUAAAUAAUGGAACACAUGUGGUAUGGCCCUGGAGUUGUCCUGACACGCAAGGAAAAAUAAGUGAUAAUAUUGAUUCAUUUUUUCUACCAGAAAGCAGAUUAAUUAUUAAUCACGGUGUACGAGAGGUUAGCAUCCUACGCCGAUCGUUACAAUUGUUUGUCAAGUCAGCAGUAACAUGUUUUUCUUGACAUCCAAUGCAAAAGGGAGCAACAGUCACUUGAAAACGCAAGCCCUUCAAUCAAGAAGGUUCCCAGUAUUGUGCGCAGCGCAGUUUGUUAUGUCGCUGAAAUUCCCUGGCAUUCGUUUCGCAAGACCGAUUUUGCGAGUUUCAAUUUACGCUGCGUGUCUAGAAACCACAGGCAAGGCAAGCUGAAGGCUGUUAGUUUAGUUUAAAGUAAUUCACACAGCCUAUAUGAACGACAAACUGGACAGACGACUGUAAUAUACAUUGACUGUAUCAAGCAAAGUUAGAAAUAGCAAAUAAGUUGAAUAAACGCAGAGUUAGAACAUUACACAGACGCAUUUGCCUCCGGUAAAAAGGACUGUAGGCUUACUACAGAUCUAGUCAUGUAUGACGGCUCAAUACACAAUCAGGACCAUUGGUGUUAGUUCAUUACCAGGUGUUAACCAACUAAUAAGACAUACGUAUUUCUGUGAUAACUGCUGGGAACUACUGUUGGCUGUUACGAUGCCAAACAAAUUACUGAUAACUAUUGCUGUACUUGCCAUUGCUUAUUAUGCAAGGUACAAAUCAGGCCGAAGGCAUUCUGCAAAACAAGAUCAAGUGGUCGUAACAUCAAUUAAAGCUCUGGCUGAUUUGGAAAAACACUCCGAGAAGUUUAAUGUCGCUCGUGUAGAGAAAGUUACAGAAGGCGUUUACGUUGCUAUUGGUUACGCUAUUGCAAAUAUGAUAAUGCUGGAAGGGACUGAUGGCAUAAUUAUCGUUGAUACGACCGAAAGCAAAGAGUCGGCUUUGCAAGCAAUGGCGGAGUUCAGAAAGAUCACAAACAAACCAUUGAAAGGCAUCGUGUUAACGCAUUUCCACGCAGAUCAUUUAGUCGGAGCUGACGGGUUAAUAGAUCAAGCGGCGGAAUCAGGAAAUCCUUCUGUUAAUAUUUACGCACAUGCGUCAUUGGACUAUGAACUGACUCGUUUCUACACCAUAAGUCAAUACGGGUUCUUUCGUGGCAGUAGACAGUUUGGUACCUUCCUGAACCACGGGAAAGAGGCAAUAAACGCGGGUAUCGGGUUUAAGCUAAUGGUUCCACGGGAUAUAAGCUACAACGUCACACCGCCCACGCACACAUACCAAGAUAAGCAGACAUACAAUCUCGCAGGAAUUACAUUUCAGCUAAUACAUACACCUGGCGAAUCGGAUGACCAAACUACAGUGUGGCUUCCAGACACAAGAGUUGUUCUUCCUGCUGAUAAUAUUUACGAAGCUUUUCCAAAUCUAUAUGCAAUACGGGGUGCGCCAGCAAGGGAUUGCAGGCAGUGGGCUAAUAGUUUGGACAUCGUUCGUGAUUUGAAAGCAGAGUAUAUGGUUCCAAGUCACACCAGACCAUUAGUUGGCGAAAAAAAGAUUUACGAUACAAUUACCUCGUACCGAGAUGCAAUUCAGUUCGUCUAUGAUCAAACUGUUCGUUUUAUUAAUAAGAGAUGGGAAGUGGACGACAUUGUUAAACAGGUUCGAUUGCCAAAUGUACUUGCCACGCAUCCUUACCUGCAAGAGUUCUAUGGCACCGUGGAAUGGUCAGUGAGAGGCGUGUAUGACAGUCUGAACGGAUGGUUUGAUGGCGAUCCAGUUAAUUUGAGCCCGCUAUCGAAAAAGGAAAGAGCAAAUCGUUUUAAUGCUUUGUUGGAAUCUGAUUUAGGCGAUGUAAGCGGUCCUAUGAAAAUGUUAAACACAGCGGCGUCCUGUCUCGCAAAGUCGUCAAAAAAUUUGAACGCAACAGGUUAUCACUUGCACAACGAACUGCAGUGGGCCUUGGAACUUUCCAGCAUGGCGUUAAAGGCAGCUGAUCCAGCAAGCGAAGAAUAUGAACAAGCUAAGCUCUUAUACGUAGAAGCAUUGCAGUCGCUCGCUACCAUGAUGAAAAGCGCCAACGGACGUAACUACUAUCUCACGUGUGCUCGGGAGAUCAGUUCCGGUUUAAAAAUCACGAUGUCUCCGUUGGGCAUGCGACAAACUGUGGCUGGAAUGGGCAUCAGUGAUAUAAUGAGACUCCUACCGUUCCGAUUUAAUGCGGAGGCUUGUAACGACGAAGAAACCUUUACUGUCGCAUUCAGUUUUCCAGACACAGACACCACGUUCAGCUACACUGUACGACACUGUAUUGCUGAAUAUAGAGUGAAUGCCGUUCUAGCGUCGCUUAAUGCAAAACUUACUGUAUCUUCCGAAGUGUGGAAAAACGUUUUGAUUGGUAAACGAAAUGCUGUCGCAGCAUACGCGGCAGGCGAACUUCAAGUCGAAGGGAGUUGGCUAACUCUUAAGCGCUUUUUGGAUUUAUUAGAGACUUCAGUGAGCGACAAUGACAAAUAGUAAAGCAAUUUUCGUAACAUUGAUGCGGUUUACUUUCAUGUGUGCAAAAUCAGUAAAUAAACGAAUUAUUUACACCUAUGUUAAGGCGACGAUUUAUUUCACACUAUGAUCUUGACGACAAAACCUCAUUUUGAUUAUCAAAUAAAUUUCUAUGCAC